AUGGCCUUCUCCGCCCUACUGCAACCUCGUCUUUUUUUAUUUUCUCCUCUUUUUCCUCUGACCAAUGUGGGAGCAUCUUCUCCAUUUCUACCUCUUGACACUUUUGCUGCUCCGGUUAAGAGUCCUCCUGUUGUUCCUCAUGUAACUCCUCCUCCUGCUGCUGCUGCUGCCACACCUGUCAUUCCUCCUCCAGUUGGGGCCUCUUCAGCCGGUUAUUCUGUUGCUGCUGAUGCUAGUCGCAUUUCUGCUCCUGUGUUGUCGGUUCAAGUUGCGGUCCCCGUUUCUUUUCAGGGUAUGCUUUUGAGAGAUGACCGGCAGAGAGCCCGGCGGCCUUCUACUACGUUCAAAAUACACGAAAACCAAAUUAACUUUUAUAAAAUACAGAGCUCUCGCUCUCUCUCUCUCUCUCUUUCUCUCUUUCUAUCUGUCUGUCUGUCUAUCUAUCUAUCUAUCUAUCUAUCUGUAUGCGUGUGA